CGCCUGACAGGUUAGAGUCUACAUGAAGUGUUUGGAGUAACUCUGCAGCUGGAGUAUGUUUCUUUCCUUUUUAAUUUAUUAUUUUUGUUACAACGUGAGAAACAUUAACGUUUAACGGUACAGUAUAAAGUUACGGUGACCUCUUUCUUCGAGAAAAACGCGCGCGAGCCAGAUGCUGACAGUCCCCGUCACAGACUGAGCUGAAGCGCAGUUUCACAAACACAGGAAGAAGUGUCGGAGCGGAUGUAUGACAAUGACCCACGCUGUGAUCCCCACCAGACGCGGCUCGUGCUGCCGCUUCGUCUUUUAAACCGGGACAUUUAACGGUACAUGAGACCCACACCAGCAGUUUUGUUUUUUCAUUUGUUUUUCUUUGGAUUAUUGAACCCGCAGCUGGACCGCAAGUGCGAGUCUCUUCACGUGGAGAGGAGCGUUUGAAGUAAAGAAACAUAACAUGGGGACUCAGGGAACAGGACGGAAAAGAUCUACCAAGAAGGAGAGGUCGACGGCAGAGGACGAUGCCCUUAAUCUCAUUGCUAGAGAGGCCGAAGCCAGGCUCGCAGCAAAGAGGGCGGCCAGGGCAGAGGCCAGAGAGAUCCGCAUGAAGGAGCUGGAGCGGCAACAGAAAGAGAUCUUUCAGGUGCAGAAGAAAUACUACGGCUUGAACACCAAAUUAGAGGACCGAGCGGACAGCAAAUGGGGGGAUAUUGAACAAUGGAUGGAGGACAGUGAGAAGUAUUCACGACCUUCACGGAUUCACACGCUGUCAGACGACGAUGAGCGGAUGUCGGUGGGAAGCCACAGCAGCGUCAGGGACAACUGCAGUUCUGUUGCCAGUUUUUUGAGGAGCACAGCCGGCGCCAGCGGGCUCCCCAGGGACCUGGAAGAUAUCACUAUUCCUGACUUUUCUGAUGUGGAGGACAAAGAAUAUGCUGAGAAGGGAUCUCGAGCAGCUUCUGCCUUGACAGCAGCAACCCUCACCUCUUUAGGUGGAACGUCCUCCCGGAGAGGAAGCGGAGAGACGGCUUUAACUGUGGAUGCUGAGAGCUCCAUACGAGAAAUCAAGGAGAUUCAUGAACUGAAGGAUCAAAUUCAAGAUGUGGAAACCAAGUACAUGCAGAACCUAAAAGAAGUCAAGGAUGCUUUAGCAGAAGCAGAGGAGAAGUAUCGGAAGACCAUGGUGUCCAAUGCCCAGCUGGACAAUGAGAAAAACAACCUGAUGUACCAGGUGGACACACUCAAAGACUCGCUCAUGGAGCUGGAGGAGCUGCUGUCUGAGUCACGUCGGGAAUAUGAGGAAAAAGUCAAGGAAUUUGAGCGAGAGAAACACGCCCACGGUGUUCUUCAGUUCCAGUUCAACGAAAUGAAAGAGACUCUAAAACAAAGCGAGGAGCUGCUGAAUGAGAUCCGUCAGCUGCGUCUGAAACAAGACGUUUUUGUAAGAGAAAUAUCUGACCUACAGGAGACGGUGGAGUGGAAGGAUAAAAAAAUCGGGGCCUUAGAGCGACAGAAAGAAUAUACAGAUGCAAUUCGAAUUGAGCGAGACGAACUCAGGGAAGAGGUGGUGAAGCUCAAAGAUAUACUAAAGAAACAUGGAAUAAUAUUGGGACCCGAUCUGAACAUUAAUGGCGAUGUUGGAGAAGCAGAAGUUGACGGGUCAACUGGUGCAGAGCCCACGUCCCAGUCGGCUCAGGAUUCCCAGACCUCCCCGACCGAAGGGAACAGCAUGCUCGGAAACUCAGAGUUGGGAGGUUGCAGAGAGGCAGAGCUGGAUCCUGAGCAGCAGCGAGAAAUGCUUGAGGAGAAGAAACACUGGAGCGCUGAUCCGCUCUGUGAUGUCUCUGCAUGUAGAGAAAAACAAGAGACGUGUCUGCUGAAUGAAGAGGAUGAAACUGAUGCUGCGAUGGUGGUCGGCUCCGAUGUUGGUGAAGAAAACAAUCCAGAAACAGGAAAAUCUAAGGAGGGAAAGUCUGAGAGCUACGCAGAUUUAACGGAGGCAGAAACCCAAAGUGAUCAUAUUGGAGAGACGUGUGUCAACCUUCCAGAAGAGCAAGAAAACAAAGCAGAUGCUGAGGAGAGCAGUUUGAUGAGCACAGACUCCGGUCUGCAGAUAAACGAUGCAGAAGUCACCGUGGAAGAAAGUUUAGCCGGAGAGGCGAACGCAGAGCCUCAGCCAGAGAAGACGGAGGCGGUGGAGAACAAUGAGGCCGAUGAAACUCAGAGUAAAUCUCAGUCUCAGGUUUCUACCACUUCAGGGAAAAAGAAGAAGAAGAAGAAGAAAAAUAAAAAGAAAGGAGGAAUUCAUGAUGACAAGAACCAACCAAAAUCUGGAACGGUGAAGGAAAACGAGAAAACGGAAAAAGAAGCGGCUGCGAGGAAUAACGGCUUCACAGCUGAACCUGCCACUGAAACGUUCUCCACAUCAGAGGUCGAGACCGAGCAGGACAAGCAUGAAGGAGCAGAGAAAGAAGUUCUCCCAGAACCGAGCGUAGAUCAUAUUUUAGAAGAAAGAAAAACUACUGAUGAAACUUUAGAAACAGAGAAAGUGGACUCACCAGAUUCAGAAAGAUCCUCUCACGUCGAAACAGCAGCAGAUUUCACUUUGGACAAAGAACUAACAUCUGAGACAGAGAAAGUAGAACAAGUGGACUCUGUGAGCAGCUCUGAUCCAGAAACCAGCCUCCUCGCACUCGACAUGGAUAAGACUGAGAGCGGGGAAGUCAUCCACACCGAGUCUAAAACUGCUGGGGUUGAAGUCCAGUCUCUCAGUGAGAUGAGGUCUGAAAGCAUCCUGGAAACCGGCAGGAAAGCAAACACUGAAGCUGCUGGUGACACCAGAGCUGCUGAAUCUGAGUCUACAGACAGUUCUGAGAAUAAAGACAACAUACCGGCCUCACUGCCGUCUCCUGGCAAGAUCGCCGAUGAGGAGAAGAGCUCAUCCGACUCCAGGCAGGCUGUGGCCAGCGACCUGGGCCCUGAGGGGGCUGCUGAGCCCGCCACAGAUGAUGGUGAGCCAAAGGCAGAGACUGUACCAGAAGGAUCUCCUUCCUGUCAUGAUGGUGAGAAUUCAGAGUUAAAUGAAGACGGGGCCAGAGAGGAGGUGCUUAAUGGAGACAGUGAGGAUCUAUCUGAGGCAGACGGCUCUCUAAACUGGGAAAACGGUUGUGCUUCAGUAACAACAAACACUGAGGCUGAAGCUGUAAAAACUUCCCAAGGCCCGGAUCAGACUGAAGAAUCAAAUAUAGAAGCAGAGAUGAACAACACGGAUGAGGAUGGUGUGUUAAAGCCAGCAGAUUCCUCUGUGGAGCAGGAAGCAGCUUCUCCAGAUGAUCCAGAAACCGAACCAUCUGAUGAGGCUUCAGCUCAGCAGCUGCAGGAAACCCGCCAUGAAAAGACUGAGGGUCAUGAUUCCCCUCAACAUGCCAAGCUGGACAACGAUGAAGAGGACGGAGAAGACGAAGAAGGGCAGUCUUUUGAUUUUGAUGAGCUGGAUGUGGAAGCAGCUGUGGUGUCCAGUCUGUCCAGUAAUCCAGAACUGGAUGAAGUUGAAGAGGGGGUCGAAGUAACAUCGGAUGAAAUCAACAAGGCAAAUCACAACUUCAACAACUGCAACCAGGCAGACGACACCGUUAAAGAAUCCGACCGUUCGCCUCAUGAAGAAGCGACUUCUGAAGAGGUGGAAAAUGUGUGUGAGGAUAAAGAAAACCAAUCAAAGAAAGAAAGUAGCCAAUCAGACGAGCCCAUGCACAUGAAAGAGGAGGGGAAGGUUUUGGAUGCUGGAGAGUCAGGCGUCCCUCCAGAGAAAGCGCCCUCGCUGGUGGAGGAAGGAGAAGAUGCUGUGAAACUGCAGGGUAAAGAUUUGGAUUUCCCAAAGAUCGCAGGCCAAGUGGUGAGCGACAAAGAUUCAGGGAGAGAUGCAAAGAAGGGCAGCAAGAAAGGCAAAAGCAAGGGCAAAGAGGAUUGUAAGAUGUCCUAAUCUACAGACUGUAGCUGGAAUAAAUGCCCGUUAUCUGACCUGCCUUUCUCUAUUCUUUAUUAGCCGCCUGUUUAGUGGUUAAAAACGUGCACAGCCUGAAUGUACUUGGAUUUUUCCCAAAGUUUGUAUAUUCAUCUCCUUUCACUGAAGUCACUGUUGAAAGCAAAAGCUGAAAGUAAACUUGUUGGGCAAUGAGAAUAUAAACUGUUCAUUUACUGUAAGUCUUACUGUUGGACCAAAACCGCAUUUGUUUUGUUAUUUAAAAGUCUUUUAGUUAAUAAUGCACAUUUAUCACGCUGCUUGUAAUGUGUUUAUCACUCUGAUAAUCAUUCUAAUUCUUCGCUACCUAAAGAAAAAAAAUGAACGUGAGGUGUUCAGCCAGCUGGUAUCGGCACGUUCAAGCUGUGAUGUUAAAAAUGUUCAGUUUGUCAUUAAAAUCAUUCUCACAUUCAGAUACUCUGCAGUUCAGGAUGGGUUUGACCAAGUCUGUACUUUGUUUUACAUUCUGAAAAGACUAAAAUGCUAAUAAAAAAUCCUGCAGUUA